AGCCCGGCCCAAUACGCAUCAGAUUCUAAUCGGAGACGAAAUCCGAGCCGACUUCGCUCUCUGGCUCUCGCACCGUCGCACGAAUUUGCCUAUUAUAUCUGGCUUUUUCUGAAUCUGAAGGGGAUCACACAGCGAAGGCUCCAAGCACGCGCAUGUCUGACGAGAGACAGGAGGCUGUUGUUGUUGCGGAAGAAGCCGAGCAGACGAAGGAGAUGGAGCGCGUGCGAGGUAAUAGCAGCAGCAGUAAGCGCUCAGAGCCUGUGGAUCUUGUCAAGGAGGAGGAGGAGGAUGGGGAGGACUGGUUCGAUGCGUUGUUGAGAAAACUCGGCCACCCCUUCACCGUCGACGAGAAGGGCAGGUCCGUCCCAGAUCCCGACUGGUGUCCCUACGCCCACGGAGAUCCCAGACACGUGCUCUAUGUUGAUAGGAGAAACACCCCCGACGUCGAUAUGUUCGCUUUCAUUCUCGGACAGAUACCUGUGGAUGAUGCUGAUGACAGGGAAAAGGGCAUCUGGAAUGCUUCUAUGGUUUACAUGAGAGCUCAAAACAUGUCGUCAGAGUAUGAUAUGGUUCCAAACAACUUGGUCUUGUAUCCUAUGAUGUUUGAGAAGCGCCGUUGGUAUCACUGUAACAUCUUGGGAUGUAAACGUUUAAACGAUUCUACGGGGGAACACUCCACACAACAACGGUUUUUUGUUGAGCUUAUCAUUAAUGGUGGAUUCAUCUACCAUGUGCUUUCUUGCACCAAAGUUGAUGGUGACAUCGACAACAAUCUAUGUAUAGCUUGUCCGCCCAACAGUGGCAUAGUGCAUCCACCUGCAGGUGGAUUUAUUUGUGGGGUUUCGAAAGAUCAGAAGAUAUUCAAGGUCCCCUUCUAUUAAUUAGAAUUUAGAUUUUAGAGCUUAUAUAGCAAUAGUAGAAUUAGUUGGGCCUUUUUUGGUUGUUUUCUAUUUUUCAGCCUUAGCUUUAAGUAGACAGCUAAGAAUAGAAGUACAACAUGUUUUGCCCUAAUAUUAUUUUUUUGUUGCUUGCACUUACUGUCUUUGCCUUAUAAGUUGUAAAAAAAAGCUACCAAUGUCUUUGUGGAAACUCUAUGAUGUAUACGCUGUCAUGUCAUGUAACUUAUAUGCUUUAUUUUCCUAUCUAUUAUUCUCA